AUGUCAGAACAGAAAAGCCCCAUCGACACAUCAACCUCUCCUGAUAUAUCACUCGCGAUGGACACUGACCCUUUGGACAGUCUCGAGGACCUUUUCGACACUCCACCUCCACCUCCACUUGUCCAAACAGAUCCUCCCCUCUCUGCAUCCUCGCUUUCUUCCGAUGAGCUUGUGCGUCCAAAUACACCAACGGCUUCAUCAGCAAAUCCUAACUCUUCCUCGAUCGACAUUGUUAAUGCUGAUUCGAAGAUGGACGAUCCCACUGACUCCGCGUAUGGUGGAACUGGGUUAUACGAGACACUAAGCGUCAUUCAGGAUAUCAUUAAGUCCCAGACGGAGCUGUUCAACGCAUUGACUACAAGACUAAAUGAACUUACUGAACAUACUAAAACACAACUUGCUGAACUGGCUGCACUAAUCGAGAAGACCAAGAAAGAAAGUGAAGAGAGGAAAAUCGGGUUGAAAGCGUACAUGGAGAAAGCCGUAGAAGAAGCUAUCCGAAGAGUGGUUAAUCAAGAUCAAGGGGUGGAGAACUCAGAAGGAAAGGGGAAGGGGAAGGACACUAAGAAGGGAAAAGAGAAUAAUCAAGGGAGAAAACGAAAUAGGGAAUUGGAAGCUUUAUCGUAUGAUUUUUUCUCUAGCGAAAAACCUGAAAAUAAACCUAGAUCUCUGACGGAAGAAAAUAAAAGUCAGACCCCUUUCGCUUCUUCAAGCUUUACCUCGGGACAGUCGUUGGUUCCUGCUUCCAGAAAUAUCCCUGUCAAUAAGAAGUUGACUGAGGUGAUCGACCUCACUGCUCUCGAUGACGAUAAUGAAGAUGAACAUGAAGAUAUUCCCGUGCCACACUAUCCCAACACCCCAACGCGCUUACAUCGCGGACCUCUCUCCCAGUCGAAUGAAACACCGCGCAAAACGCUCCGUGAACGAAUCAUCCCCAGCAAUCCAUUAAGGAAUCGUUAUGCCACUUCGGCAUAUGCACAUGUAACCGAGGCUGGAUCGAUUUGUGAUCCAUACGAGAAUUCGAACGUCAAACGAGCACGUACUGGUUAUCCCCAUGCUGUGGCGAUCGAGAAAGGGAAAGGGAAGGAGAAGGAGAAGGGCAAGAAGGAUAUCCAUGGAAGAAACGAAGAAGUAGUAAGAAGCAAGCAUUGUCGUAUCGUUGGGAAAAAACAAAUCGGUACUUUACCUGAUGGGAGGAAAGACAUACUCUAUCUUAUCAAACAAUUGGGUGAACCCGUAUCUUCAGCCACAUGGGUCCGGGAGAAAGACAUUAAUGAUUUCGAUACCAAGAAUCACACGUUCAUGCAAGAUUGCGAUCAUGACGAUCCAAGAUUUGUCAGUUUUAGGAAUAAGGUUGCGAUUCUGCCUGAAGCUCAGGUAUACUGGGAUAAGAAUGGUGAAUGGAGAAUGGAUGAUGCGCAGAAGAAACCCGGUGUUUAG